AUGGCGAGCAAUUAUGAUCAACAAGUGAUUAAGAGUGUAUUCAAAGAUAGAUGGUUACUUAGAUCUAUAUUGUCCAAUGUUAGCAUUAUCAAUCAUAAUAGAUUAGUGAAUAGAUUGAUAAAGAGAGUAUCAAAGGAUUGUAAUUAUUUGUUAAAUAUGGUUGACAAGUUUAUGAUGAAGACUACUCCAUCAUCAUCAUCAUUAUCAUCAACAACAAGCUCAUUAUAUAAAUCCAAGUAUAACGAUUGGAUUGGCAAAGGAAGAGAGAUGCUCAUACAUGGUCAUUAUGGUCUACUUCUCGAUCAUGUCAAAUGUGGACACAAUAUUGGUGUCGAUGGGAGCGGAGGAAUAGAAGGAUUCUUUAUUGAAAUGCUGUGCAAGAGCAAUAAGGUCAACAAGGUGACAUUUGAUGCAGUCUAUCAAUCAUAUACAAAUUGGUUCUUUACAUCUAAUCUACUAAAUUUAGCAGUAGAUGGCAAUAAUCAACAUGCAAUCAGUACUUUACUCCGAUUUGGAAGUAGAUACUGUAGUCUAGAGAUACCAAGAGUCCUUGAAGCCAUCACAAGGAAGAAGUUUGCUGUAUUUCAUUGCUGGGAUGACCUGAACAGCCAUCAACAAAGUAAACUGAUGAAGAAGUUAGGCCUUAUCGCACGAUCAAUCUACACAUCAAGGCCAUCAUGCAUCAGAAGUCUGCUAUUCACACAUGAUCAUGGUAUUCCCACGAAGAUCACUCAACCAAUCCAAGGAAUGGCACACAAGUUCAAGUUGGACAUCAUCAUAUCUGGAGACUGUCAACUGAUCUAUGACCUACUCUCACUUGGAUCAAGUCAAGGACAGAACGACACUGCUGACCUACUCACACUCAAUCUCCAACAUAUUGAUCGAUUGAUUGAGAAUGAUUUCAAGAUGUUGGACUUGGAGGUGGUGGAUGUGGAUCCUUUGAUAAUGGAUGAUGAGUCAAGAUUGAGAUAUAUAAAGGUGUUCGAGCAUAAAGGACCAAGAAUGAGAUUUAGCAAGUUGAAGACAAUCAUUAGGAUGUACAUUGAUACUGGAGACUAUAUGAUCAUUCCAUUCAUUAUUGAUCGAUCAUUGAAGGAUAGGGCCAUUGCAAACAACUUAUUUGGCAUCAUAAUACUUCAUGGAACUUUAUCACAACUCAAUAUUGCAUUUGGAUAUUUAUGUAGAUUGAUCAAAGAUGAUGUUGAAAAUGAUUCAUUAAGUUUGACUUAUCACAGCAUUGAUAUUAAUUCAUCUCUAAAGAGAUGUAUAUUCCAAUCAAACUCCAACAACUACAACAAUCCACAAAGACAAAUUGAUGUUAUAAAGUGUAUCAACAAUCAUUUAAAUAGCACUGACAAUCAUUACAUAUAUAAUACUGAUAGAAAUUAUACAAUAUUAUACACUGGAUCAUAUAAAUUAUUGGAUUUCAUUCUAUCACUUCCUAACAAAUAUGACAACGAUUGCCAUUCUGGAACAAUUUCAUUAGAGAAGUAUACACAAUUUGUAGUACUCAACAUUGACAACCUAUCAUUAUUAUUGUCGGCUGAUCAAGUUGCUCCUGGAAAUGGAAGGAUGAGGAGGCAGCUAACAUUAUAUAAUACAUAUAUAUCAAUGUGUUAUAUGGCAAUCAGAUGUGGAAAUGAACAACUACUUGAUCAACUACUCAAAAUCAAUUAUCCCUCUGAUCCAGACACCAUCAACUUAUUUCGAUUUGGUUCUCGAUGUCCAUUUAAUCAAACAAUCAUGUUGAGACUCAGACAACUGGUAUUGGGUAUCAAAAAUAUUGAACAAGUUCGUCGUCACAGUAAAUGGUGGAUA